GCUAUUCACUCACCACAGUGUAGGCGGAGAAUAACGUUGUGAGUGAGGAGAGGGAAUGCUGUGCAGCUAGACGGUGACGGAGAGAAGAACAGGGACGGAAGUAUAAACAGAACCCCUGUCUGUCCAUAUACUGUACAUCCCUAGUUUUUCGAUUGGCAACGCAGGACAAACGAAAGCGGGUGCCGGAGGCGAUGUCGGAAGCCAGCUCUUUACCGACUACUCAUAGCAACUGCAACAACAAUAAUAAUAAUAACAACAAUAACAACAAAGACAGCGAUGGAAACGAGAGUACAACCACAGCUACCCCAUCCCCUACCGAAACUAGCGCGUCGGAAUCUCCGAGUCAAAUCAUAGGCAACGGUUCGGGGAUUAAUCCUGGCACCGGCGGAAACAAUGGGAAAUGGGUCCGAUUGAACGUCGGCGGAACAGUUUUUCUCACAACGCGCCAAACCCUACUGAAAGAGCAGACUUCCUUUCUCUAUCGGCUAUGCCAGCAGCAAGAUCUGCACUCGGACACGGAUGAGACUGGAGCGUACGUGAUUGACAGGGACCCCACCUAUUUUGGCCCCAUCCUCAACUACUUGCGGCACGGAAAGCUGGUUUACAACAAGGAGCUGGCUGAGGAAGGUGUCUUAGAAGAAGCAGAAUUCUAUAACAUCACGCCGCUCAUCAGACUGAUCAAGGAGAGGAUUCUAGAACGCGACUGUAAAGCGACGCAGCAGGUACCCCCGAAGCAUGUGUACCGGGUGCUGCAGUGCCAGGAGGAGGAGCUGACCCAGAUGGUUUCCACCAUGUCUGACGGCUGGAAGUUUGAGCAGAUGGUGAACAUCGGGUCGUCCUACAGCUAUGGCACGGAAGACCAGGCCGAGUUUCUGUGUGUGGUUUCCAAGGAGCUGCACACGUCCGGCGGGGGCAUGGGUGCAGAACAGAGCCACAAGACCAAGGCCUCGGAAGUGCAGGAGGAGGAUGGAGCGAGGGAUGAGGCGGAGGGAGAGAGAAAUGACACCCCGAGCGAGUGGAUUAGCGAUUAACAGUCGUAUUGUGUUGUCCCAAACGUUUUAAUGGCUCUUUCAGAUUCACGGGUCCCGGAUGUAGACUUGGCGGAGAAUUGUAUUUUUUGUUGGCUAGCGGAGCAUAUUUGUGUGUUCGAUGAGGGGGGGGACUAUUGUCGCUAUUGUUUUUUGUAUUAUUACUGCAGCUUUAUUUAAAAAUAAAAACAAACCAAAAAAAAAAUUAAUGAAUAAAUUUGUGCUUCAAACACCAGUUUGGAAGAGUCAAAACGCAACACGGAACUACAACUGCUGUUCUCUGUUCUCCUCUGCUGCAGAGGGGUACGUUUUGCUGUCGGGUUAUGUCAGCACUUCUGGAGAAUGAAAUGCCUUAUGGCAAAACGAAACAUUCAGUGUGUACAACCGAAUCCUCUGUAUUUUCAGGUAAAGAAUUCAGGUAAAUAAAUGACAUUUUUGGUUUUUUGUUAUUAAAACUCAUGAUAAAUAGGAAAUAACCAAAAAUGUAAUUUAUUUAUUCGAUGAUAAAACCUACAAUUAGAAAAAUAAAUAGACUGAUAAGCGCCAUGACUAAGUAGUAUGAUAAAAAAAUAUUAGAAGCGAUUUGACUUUCCAUUACCACAUAAAACCACAAUUAGCAUGGCCUUCAUCCUGCUCCACGUCGUCAUGGAGCCGCUGUCUUCCUCCUGGCUUUGAUGUCUUUUAAUAAUGAGCAGGUCUGCUUCUGAUGAUGUCAUUAUCAAUAAUGGGCGGUAACUUUAACAUGAAAGCUCUUACUAGGAAUCGCAGAGAAUAGCACGGGUUGAUUGAAAUGAAUGUUUUUGAUGUCUAAACCUGUUAAACGAAUGCCUCAAAUGUUGCGUACACACGUGUGAAGAGGUCUGAGAUCUUUCAAAAUGGUGUUUGAAAAAAUAUACUGUCACGUUUAAAAUGGACCUUUCCUAUGCAAGGUCCUAUGAAGCAUUUUCUUUAUUCCCAUAUGGAUCUUAAUGUUGGAUAACAGUGUAUGUAUCUCGUUGCAGUGUAAGGAUAAAAUAUCUGACUGUAAUACGUCACGCGGUGAAAUAAUUUGGAAUAAAAUACAUACAAGACGACAAGCAUUCCCAUUGAAAAACACGGGAUGUUCCCUCCCGUCCAGGCCUGAGCUGGUGUGGCUGAUCUGGUGUUCUGUGGCAUGUACCAAGAACUGACUGCACACAGUCCUGAGAUUUUUCAGUCCCACAGUGUAAUUGUUUCACCGUUUUUACUAGCAAUAGAGAUGAUUUGGUGCCUUGAGUAAAGCAAAAAAAAAAAAAAAAGUAAAUAAAUGCCAUAGACGUGCGUAGAAGUGAAUGAAAAGUAGUCGCUUAUGUUUGUAGAAGUAUUUAUUUUUAAAAAGUUUUAAAAAUGUUGUUUUGUUUCGACCCGGGUCAUAGGAAAGGUUGUGUAUAUAACUCUAUGUGUGCGCCUGCGUGAUUGUGUAUGCUAAUGUGCUGCAGCUAAGUCCGCUCCUGCAUGAGUGUGGACCGUACCGAUGCCACUGUCUACAGGGGUAGGCACGCGGACAUCCCGGUUAUGUCACGACGGGGCCCGUCAACGAUCUCCGGAUUUAAACAGCUCUACACGUGGGUCUCUCUUACGGAGGAUUCUGCAUCUUCACCAGAAAGCUGCCCCUCUGCCUUCUGUGUCCUGCCACCCCCACCCACCCCCCACCCCCCAUCCCAUCCUACACCCUUGUAAAGGAAUUGUAAGAAGCUGUUCCAACACAGGUCAAGUAGAGGAAUAAUUUAUAAUAUUUUUUUUUUUUAUUUGAAUAAUUUGGAGUUUUUGGAAAGGGUGGGGCCUGGCUUCAUUUUCAGUUGCUGGUCUGUCAUUGUGGUAAAUCGUGAAGAUUAGUUGGCUGUUAAGACAAUCGUCAGAUAAGGUAGAGGCCGUAUAAUAUAUAUAUAUAUAUAUAUAUAUAUAUAUGGUACAGGUGUGUCUCUGCCCUACUCAUUUAGUCUUUCCUUUGGGUUUUUUGAUAACUGAUAUGAGUGUACAGUAUGCAUUUUUAGACUGGGUGUGCAUGUGAUAAACUAGAACUACCUUGAAAGGGGCCAAAAGAAUAUGCUUGAUGCGCAAAGACUAUAACAGCCUAACUUAAUUUACUGUGAAGUAAACUGUCUCAAAUCUGCUCCUGACAGUCGACCACACCAUAGCCCUCUUUAGUGAUCAUUGGCAUUUCUGUGUCUUUCCUGUUUUGUUUUUUUUUGUUUGAUGAUAUAUUUUGUAUUCUUUAUUUUCCUGUUACACUCAGUUGCAUCUUAUUGGAACAUAAUUGGAAUCUGUCACAGAAACCCCCAGAAAAGUUUUUUUU